AGAUCAACCGUCCCUCUCACACAUGAAGCUGACGAUCACCAGAAAAGCUUAAUUUCUUCUUUGCUGAGGAAAAUAUUCAUAUUAAUCUUCAUAAUGUCUUCAAACUCCAACCUGACGACCCUGAGACGGAGUGUGGAGCAGCUCAAACUGGAGGCCAGCGUGGAGAGAAUCAAAGUUUCUCAGGCCGCAGCAGAUCUGCAGGAGUACUGCCUCCAGAACGCCAAUAAAGAUGCGCUGCUGGUGGGCCUUCCUGCCGCCAGCAACCCGUUCAGAGAGCCGCGCUCAUGCACACUGCUGUAGACUGAAGGAGAGCGGCGGCAGAUCAGUGGAUCACGGAUCUUUUAUAAUAUGCAACAAACUGAAGGGAAACAUGAAGUAUAUUGAGAAUAUUAAUGCCUUAAAUAUCUUCUGUAUUUUUCUUGAUUCUAUGCAGUUAUUUGAAACAAAAACAUUUAUAUUCAUAUGAUAUAGUUUGAGUUUAGCAUUUUAUUAAUGCAUCAAAAUAAAUUAUUAAUAUAUUCUAA